GACGAACAAGAUCUCACACUUCGCACACUUUUACGCACCAAACAAAUUCCGGAAAUUGAAGAAUUCGAGACGGAAACCAAACGGGAGAUUGCAGUUCAGGAAGGACUGUGGGAGCAAGAGUGUGAUGCGGUUCAGAGCAAGGAUAAAGAGUCGGACGACGAGGAAAAGUGGGAAGCGUUGAAACAAGAGUGGCAAAAAAUUUAUGAUGAUCAUGAGAACGUGUGUAAAAAAACAAGCACUUUUGUCGAGGAAAUUUUGGCAAAAGAGAAUAUGGAGGGGUUUAAACGAUUGCCGGUGCCAAGCAUUCAGAAUGAUGAUAGUGAUAAAGAACAGCUUGCGUUGGAGGAUGUAUUGGGUUUCACGUCGAGUGGAACAAAGAAUGGAAAAAUGCCUAGUGUCUUAGUACCAUUACCAUUAUAA